AAAAAUCCCAGCAAAGAAAUAAAAGAUAUAAAGAAAACUAAGCCUGGGCAUGGUGGUUCAAGCCUGUAAUCCCAGCAUUUUGGGAAGCCAAGGCAGGUGGGUCACUUGAGGUCAGGAGUCCCAGAUUUUUAAUAUUCUAUAACAAAAUGCGCCAAUGUAUAUAACUCAGUGAACCAACAUUUUUCAAAUGACCAGUUUGGUCUAAAUGUAUGAUGUUACAAAAUCCUGCAUGGGCAAAAGAUACGUUUAAAAUGCAAGACAGACCAAAGAAUUUUAAUGUAACAGGCUAUAAAAAGUUCAUUGAUAGGGUUUCAGAUCCCACUUUGCAAUUAACUUUUAACAACUCAGAUUUCCGGAAUUUUAAUGUAGCAUCAAAGAGAAAUGUUCACAACUAUCCGAAAAGGCCAUUUAAAUACCAUUUCUUCCCCUACACAUUUGAGUGAGUCCAAAUCUUCUCACACUCCAACCAAAACAGCGUACUGCAAGUUAAUGCUGAAGCAAAUAUGGGACUCCACCAGCUUGCUAUUAAGCUACAUAGUAAGAGAUUACAAAAAUGUUAAAACAAUGACACUAUUCUCACUAUUGUUCUUGUUUUGGAAAAUAUAUUUUCCAUAGGUUAUUUAUAUUAACAUUUAAUGGGUUCAUUAUUGUUUUCAAAUGAAUUAAUAAAUAAAUGUUCAAAAAAGUCUCACUUUUAAUUACUAAUUUGGUAAAUAUUGGUAGAUACAAUUGACAUAAACAAAAGCACUUUGGAGGGUCUUCAGUAAUUUUUAAAAUGUAAAGAAAGCCUGAGACCAAAAAGUCUGAGAACUACUACUCUAAGUGGAUUCCUCAGGAAAGGCUCAUUUGGGCUUUUUGCUAGUGGCCUUUAUGUCUGAACACAAUAUAAGGGGAUAUAAAUUUCUUGGAUCAUAGUUUCUUUCUGUGAAAAUCUGGAAAAUCUUGUUUCAUUGUUAUCUAGCAUAGAAUGCUUCCGUGGAGAAAUCUGGUGCCGAUCUUAUUUUCCCUCUCUCUUUCUCUCUUUUUUGUUAGUUUGAGGCAGUGUCUUGCUCCCUCAACCAGGCUGGAGUGCAGCAUGAACACGGCUCAUGGCAGCCUCCAUGCUUCAGCCUCCCCAGUAGCUGGGACUACAGGCACCCGCCACCACACCCGGCUAUUUUUUUUUUUUAAGACUAAGUCUCGCUCUGUUACCCAGGCUGGAGUGCACUGGCCGGAUCUUGGCUCACUGCAACCUCCCCCUUCUGGGUUCAAGCGACUCUCCUGCCUCAGUCUCUCGAGUAACUGGGACUACAGGCGUCUACCACAACGCCGGCUAAUUUUUGUAUUUUUAUCAGAGACGGGGUUUCACUGUGUUGGCCAGGCUGGUCUCAAACUCCUGACCUCAGGUGAUCCACCCGCCUCAGCCUCCCAAAGUGUUGGGAUUACAGGCGAGAGCCACCAUGCCUGGCCUUAUGACCACAUUUUAUAACGUGUUCUCAUCGGUUAUUGGAACGUUAAUUAGGUUUUAUUUUCACCUUUUUGUUUCCAUAGUAACAUGUAUGGGAUUAGUUUACAGUGUUUAUUUGUCCUCAAUCUUCUAAGUGAGGUGAAUUUUCCUGGGCUGCUAGGAAAAGGCUCCUACACCCCUUUCCCGCCACCGCGAGCCGCUCCUUGCCCAAAGAACGCCACUGCGGGCCCCGCCCACGCCACGGAGCCACGCCCACUCUCAGCGCACCGCCAGGCCCCGCCCACAUCUCACACACCGCCUCCGCUGCGCCCAGCCUCUUGCCUCACCCAGGUGCCGGGCCAGCUGUUUGUUUUCCCGCCAUUUCCAGCUCUUCGUGAGGAGAACUGGAUGAUUUCCUGAGAUCUGAGGCCUUCUGGAAUCACAGCGGCCAAGCGGACAUCUCCACAAACGACUAGAAAAAAAAUUUGAAGGAAAAGACUAGUGGAGAAAAAAAAUUACCUUCCGUUUUGAUUAUUUUCCCAAUUUUAUUUUAAGAAUGGAUUGGUUUCACUGCAACCAGUGCUUCCGAAAAGAUGGAGCCCAUUUCUUUAUCACCAGCUGCGGCCAUAUUUUCUGUAAAAAGUGUGUGACUCUGGAAAAAUGUGCUGUUUGCGGAACUGCCUGCAAGCAUCUGGCUCUUUCUGAUAAUCUGAAGCCUCAGGAGAAGAUGUUUUUCAAAAGUCCUGUGGAGACAGCUUUGCAGUAUUUUAGUCACAUCUCUCAGGUGUGGAGUUUCCAGAAGAAACAAACAGAUCUCCUCCUCGCCUUUUAUAAGCAUAGAAUUACAAAGUUAGAAACAGCCAUGCAGGAGGCACAGCAAGCACUGGUCAGCCAGGACAAAGAAUUGUCAGUCUUAAGGAAGGAGAAUGGAGAACUGAAGAAACUUCUAGCCAUUCUAAAGGAAUCUCCGAGUUGGUACCAAGGAAGCAGGUCAACCACACCUCGACCAGUGGGCAUUACUUCCCCAUCACAGUCAGUUACCCCACGACCCAGUUCCCAGCAUAGCAGUCAGGUGGUCAGUCGAUCCUCCUCAGUGGAAUCUAUUCCUUAUAGAGAGGCUGGCUUUGGUAGCUUCGGACAAGGAGGCAGAGGUCCGCAGGAAAGGAGAACUCCAAGAAACCCUUGUAAUGAAACCCCGUCACCAGCUUCAACCCACAGCUUAUGUUAUAGACCUUCAUCUGCCUCCACUGGACAGGGGACUUUUUCUUUCAGACCAUCCCCAAAUGGGCAUUCAGGCCACACAAGAGUCCUUACCCCCGACAAUUCUGCUCAGAGGGAGAGCAGAACCACACUAGAGAGUUUUCCUAGUUUCCAGCUACCAGUCCUGCAGACUCCCUACCAACAACAGAGGCAGACUGGAUUACCCAGUAGAAGAGGAGCAUGGAGCACUUCUAGAUAGACGAUCUUCAAGGUCUGAUGUAUACAUACUGCUGAAAGAUAGACUGUAGCAUCCAGUACCCAUUGGGGUGAUGGCUCUGGAAAAAGUACCCUGGUGUUGUUUCCUGGUUUCACUCUACCUUAUGCUUCCUCAUCUUUACCCUAUUCACCCUUAUCUCCUCCCAGGACAGUGGUCAGGUCUUAGAAAAGGCUAGCGCUUCAAGAUGAUGUUUAUAUCUCUUCCAGAAGACACAGGUAGCUUCCCUCAUUUCCUACAACUUGAAACAAAGAUUGUAAAAAUAAUUCUUGGCAUCAUAUUUGGUUGGGAGUUGGGAAUGGGGAUGUGGUGGGUCAUAUACGCAUCACUGUUUCAUUUCUGGUUUUAAUUUUUAGCUUUGGAUAUACUCUCCCAUUGUCAGUGUUAACAAGCAAAACAAAACAUCUCUGUUCUUUGUCCUUGUACUUUUUCUGUUUGCCUAUUGUUUCCUCUAUGCUUAAUUACUAUUAAAUAUGUUAAUUUUCCUUUCUAUUGAAAACAACUGUUAGAAACACUGAUUUUCAGCUUAGUAAAAUAUAUAGGUAGUAAAAUUAAGAGGAUGUCCUUUUAUUGCUACGAU